GUAAGUGCUGUUAAGCGCGUUUAUUGUUUGUUAUUGUUUACAGCCGCUUUGGCUCUAAUAAUUAUUAAUUAUUGCUUGAUACGAAUAAUUCAUUGAGGAAGAAGUGGUUGCCACAUGGCGACGCAAACGGAGAAGCCUCCCGCUGUGGAUGCAACCACUGAGGAGAGUGGACUGCUCUCCGCAACCGUGGUGGCCGGUCUCAAAAGCCUGGGCAACAUUAUUACGCCCGCUCUGACCAAGAUACUCAUCGCAAACGCGCUGAAACUAACCCUUCACCCGGAUGCAACUAUUGCCCCCGUGCCGGAGAUUUAUGCCAGCAACGCGGCCUGUGCCAAGCAAAGUGAAUAUGCUGUUGUCACCCUGCUCUCGCUGGCCACCAAGCACGGCUGGGAUGGCUUCACGCUCCGCCAACAGUUGGAUCAGCUGUCCAUUAACAGCGUGGCCAUCGAGGAGCUAGCCCGCGUGUACGAGGACAAUCGCAAGGAUCUGGUGCUGCGGCAGUUGCAACUGGGCCACAAUUUUCCGCACAUCACUGACAUCCAAUGGCGCAUCGCCUGCGAUGUGAAGUCCUCCACUUCCGAUUGCAGCACUGGUGUAGCUAGCUUCUACAUCAAUCUGGGCAACUUCCGGCCGAGUAGUGGAGAGCGAGUAACCGUCGUGGAGUUUGUGUGCAACGCCGAAGAGCUGCAGUCUUUGAUCAACCGCCUGAAGGAGAUAGAGAGACACUGCAGCCAGAUGGCCGUGGCUUAGGAGGAGCAUGACAUUCUUAAUGUUUAUAUUUCGCAGAAAUAUAUAUGUUUAACAGUA